AAUUGGACGAGUCCGUUUGAAUGACCCGACGGAGGACAGACCCCCAUACAGAGUGGUAUCGAUCUCUCAGAUCACAUUGCCACCGUCUGUAUGUAUGUACGUUUAGGAUCAACACCUAUUCCACGAAGAAUAUCCUUGCGACGGAAAAAUGAGAUGGACGAAGAGAAUAAUAGGAUUUUGACAUGGCAAUCCCAGUAGCCAUUGGGAAUCCAAAGCGGGGCCAUUUUACCAGCCCAUCAUUUGAUUUAAAUAGCACUAUUGACCCAAACCGAUGGUUGUUGUCAGCGUAUGGAUGCACACCGAAAGUUUAGGUAAUUCCAUAACCAUCAAUCAGACGGCCACUUGGCGCAGUGCCCACUGUUUUACACCGGCUGUGGAUGGAAAGGAAAAAAGCCGAAAGAGCCCAAGAAUCUACGAAUCGCGCGGCUUCAUGAUAGGUACCGCCGGAUCCGCGUCCCACAUUAGAGGCCAGUGGUGGCUUUUUUUUUUCGGCGAUACGGGUGCGAACGGGGAAAUCGAGGAACCCAGACGAUUUGGUCGCCAAAGCAAAGAGGGAGAUUCUCAAUCUCUGUACUCCAUAACCACCAGAACUAACCAUUAUUGCUUGUUCUCGAUGAGAGACCGAUUCCUUCCAGUGGGCAUUCAUCACACAGCUGGGAAAUUACUUAGAUCUUGCCAUGUUAAGCGAAGUGGAGUGACCGAUCGCAAGCUGUCCAGGGAAUUGAUGAUCAAUCACUGGGAGAGAAGACCAACAAUAUAAAACCACCGUAGGUAACCCAGCCCAUCCCUCCAACUGACUACCAAAAGCGUCGAAUCUCUUGCCAAAACGGUGGACGGUAGCAAGUCUAUCGUAUCACGUGAACUCGUGUUUAAUAAGCUUUGAAUUCGUGUUUCCCGGCGCGUCCAAAGUGCGGUGAAGCGAUAUGCG